AAGACAAAGCUUAUUUUCUUCUUCUUCUUCAUUUUUUCGUACUCUCAACACUCGCUUGAGUUUGCAUUCAGUCCAUAGCCUUUCAACUCUGUACUAGUCUGUACUGGAAUCUAAUCUUACCCAGAUUGAUUGUGUCCUUCAUUAAUUUCUUGGAAACCCCAGAUUCGAAUUAGGGUUUCUUCAAUUUCUGCAUGAACUUAAGAUCUGACAGCUUCUGAAUCGCGCUCGAGGGUUUUCCCAAUGUUUACGCCGCAGAAGAAGUCGUGGUCGGCCUUGCCGAUAACACCCGCUACGGGCAAGGGCAAGGGCAAGGCGGUUGCGUUCGUCGACGGUCCUCCUCCUCCACCGCCGCCGGUGGCGCUGUUGAGUGAAAAUGGGGCCAGGGGAGUUCGGGAUAUGGAGAACAUGGAGGAUUGGAGGAGGUUUAAGGAGGCUGGGUUGCUCGACGAGGCUGCUAUGGAGAGGCGGGACCGUGAAGCGUUGCUUGAGAAGGCUGAGAGGCUCGAAAGAGAGCUUUUUGAUUAUCAAUACAAUAUGGGACUGCUGCUAAUUGAGAAAAAGGAGUGGACUUCCAAGUAUGAUGAACUUGAAGAUGCACUUGCAGAAGCCCGGGAAAUUGUAAAACGUGAAAAGACAGCUCAUUUAAUUGCAAUAACUGAAGUUGAGAAGCGGGAGGACAAGUUAAGAAAUGCUUUGAGCUAUGAGAAGCAAUGUGUGGCUGAUCUUGAGAAGGCUCUGCGAGAAACACGUACAGAAUAUGAACAACUUAAUCUUGCAUCUGAGGUAAAAGUUGCAGAUGCAAGUGCUAUACAAGCUGGAAUUCAGGAUAGAUCUCUUGAAGUGCGAGAAAAGUUGCAUGUUGCUGAUGCCAAGCUAGCAGAGGCAAGUAGAAAAAAUUUGGAGCUUGACAUGAAAUUGCAUGAGCUUGAGGCCCGUGAAAGUGUCCUGAGGAGGGAGCGUCUAUCCUUUAAUACAGAACGAGAGGCACAUGAAGCAACUUUCUCCAAGCACAAAGAAGACUUGCGGGAGUGGGAGAGGAAACUUCAAGAAAGGGAAGAAAGACUGUGUGAUAGUCGGAGGACCAUUAAUGAGAGAGAAGAUAAGGCAAAUGAACUUGAAAGGAUUGCCAAGCUGAAAGAAAAGAAACUUGAAGAAGAACAGAAGAAAUUAGAUGUAGCUAAGUUGGCCAUAAAUGAAAGAGAAGUUGAUAUCAACAACAGGCUAGAGAAGCUAAUUGUAAAUGAGAAAGAGGCAGAGAAUCUUAGAAAGAACAUGGAGAUGAAGGAGAAGGAAUUGGAUGGCCUAACAGAGAAGCUAAGCAAGAGAGAAAGAGUUGAGAUCCAAAAGCUUGUUGAUCAAAAAAGACAUUCUCUUGAUGCUGAAAUGCAGAAGUUUGAGAAGGAACUGGAGGAUAAAAGAAAGCUUUUUGAUGAGGAGAUGAAAACAAAGGCUGAAGGAUUGGAGAGAAAGGAGAUGGAACUCAAUCAUUUGGAGGAUAAAAUUAAGAAACAGGAGCUAGCACUGGAAAAAAAGUCAGAAAGAGUCAAAGAGAGAGAGAAAGACAUGGAUAAUAAGUCAAAAGCACUGAAAGAGAAGGAGAGGACAGUGAAGGCCGAUGAGAAAAGGCUGGAAUUGAUAAAGAAAGAGAUAUCUUCUGAUAAAGAGAGUUUGCUAGUUCUCAAGGAUGAGCUUGAAAAGAUGAAGAGUGAUAUCAAUCAGAAGGAAAUGCACAUUCGUGAAGAAGCUGAAAAGCUUAGAAUUACUGAGACAGAGAGGUCAGAGCAUCUUCGUCUGCAAGCAGAACUGAAACAGGCAAUUGAGAGAUGUAGGAUUGAACAGGAAAUGCUUUUGAAGGAAGGUGAGGAGCUGAAACAAGACAAAAAGAAAUUUGAAUAUGAGUGGGAAGCACUAGAUGAGAAAAGAGCUGCUGUAGCUAAAGAAUUGGAAAAUGUCAGAGAAGAGAAGGAGAUCCUUGAAAAAUUACAGCAUGCUGAAGAUGAACGAUUAAGAAACAAUAAGACAACCACAGAGGAGUACAUAAAGAGAGAGUUAGAAGCCAUUAAAAUAGAGAAGGAAUCAUUUGCUGCAAUGAUGAGGCAAGAGAAGUUAAUGUUAUCUGAAAAAGCUGAGAAUGACUAUAAUCAACUCCUUCAUGGUUUUGAGGCUCGAAGAAAAGACCUUGAGACUGAUUUGCACAAUAAACAAGAGGAAAUGGAUAGGAUUUUGCAGGAAAAGAAUAGAGCAUUUGAGGAGGAGAAAGAGAAAGAACUUAGCAAACUCAAUUACUUGAAGGAUGUAGUAAAUAAGGAAAGGGAAGAAGUGAGAUCUGAAAGGCUCAAGUUAGAAAAAGAAAAGCAAGAAAUCUCUUCUAACAAAAAUAAACUGGAAGAGCAUCAGCUUGAAAUGCGCAAGGACAUCAAUGAGCUUGCUGUUGUCAGCAAGAAACUCAAGAAUCAACGGGAACAUUUUGUAAAGGAAAGAGGCCAAUUUCUUGCAUUUGUUGAAAGGAUAAAGAAUUGUGAUCAUUGUGGAGAAGUAACAAGAAAUUACACUCUCUCUGAUGUUCAUUUGGUGGAAAUGGAGAAUAGUGAAGCUUCUCCCAAUUCGGUGCCGGGAGAUGAAAUUUUGGAUAAGGUUGCUUCCUAUGUAGAAAAGUCUCCAACUGCAGAGGAGCAAAAGUUAUCAGACUCUGGUGGUCAGAUUUCUUGGCUCCGCAAAUGCACCUCAAAAAUAUUUAAGUUGUCUCCUAACAAAAAAACUCAAUAUUUGGAGUCAACUUCAUAUGCAGUCAAAGAGAAUCAGCAACAUAGCAGUAAUACUGGUAUAGAGAUUAGAGGUUCAGAGGGACCCAACACUCGACAACUGGCAUCAGUGAAGAUUAUUGAAGAUGCAAAGGAACAUGUAGACGAUAUGAACAACAUAGACAACAAGAGACAAGAAGUACCUGAGGAGUCACAGCAAUCUGACGUAAGUGUUAGACGCACCCGUGGUAGAAAAGCUAAUGAUGGAAUACGUAGGACGCGCUCUGUGAAGGCAGUGGUUGAAGAUGCUGCUGUGAUUCUCGGUAAGACUUCAGAAUCGCUGCAACCACACGAUAAUCAUUCCAAGGAUGUGGUUGAAGUAAGUCGUGCGGACUCUAGUACUGCCACAACACGGAGGAAGAGGACUCGUGGGCAGAACUCUAAAUUGACAGGGGCUGAACUGGAUGCCGAUGAUAGUGAGGGAAACUCUGAAAGUGUUACAACAGGUCGUCGACGGAAGAGGCGUCAAACAACUGCUCCGGCUGUAGAUAAUACAGGAGAAAAGCGCUAUAAUUUGAGACGACACAGGACCCCAGGAACGACUGUUGGUAAAGCUUCAGUUGGUAGCGGGAGAACAGAUGUAGAUGAGCGCAGCAACAACAAUCGUGGAGUUGCAGCAGGGAAUGUAGAAGUUCCUCCUGUUCGAGCACCAGAAGUUGCUGGUGAGAAUGGCCAUCCAACUACUUCGGUCCAGGUUGCCAAUUCCAAAGUUGUCGAAACUGAAAUUGUCUCCUCCAGUAGGGGUGUAGCGUUGAAAGCACCAGAAGAUGGUAAUGAAAAUAAUGCCAAUACAGCAAAAUUAGUUGAAAAAACCAACAUGAGUGAGGAGGUAGAUGGUACUCCAGAGUGCAACGAGGGAGAUGAGUACGAGAGCACAUUGCAUGCUGAUGAAGGGAAUGAUGGUGCCAGUGAUGACAACAAAGACAAUGACAGUGAUUCAGAGGACGAUGACAACUCAGAUGAUCCCGGUCAAGCGACAAUUGGUAAAAAGUUGUGGACAUUCUUCACCUCAUGAUCGUUGGUUGUUCGGGUUAGUUCAAUGUUGAGGGAAAACUCUCUCCUUGUACACCCUUUUCUUGUACCAUGCAUCAUAGUUUAGACUACUGUACACUUUAUUCAAUGGAGGAAAUCACAUGUUGAUUUGAUGAGGCAAAACCUUGGCGUUUUAGAUUUGAGUAGGUCGGGAUCUGUUGCUAUUUUUUGACCCCAGAUCCGUGUAGUGUUUUGUGCUUUAAUGGUCUUGUUCAUGGAGGUCCAAUGUUUUCAAGCAUCAUUCUUUUCUAUUGGCACAGAACUGUAAGCCUUUCUGCCCACAUAUAAAAGCUAUAUUAGAGACAGGAGAUCAGUGUUGUUUUCAGUGGCUUUCAAGACUAUCUUUAUCUUCUCCUCUUCUUUAAUGUUAUUUUAAAGCUGUCAUUUGCAGCAAGGCUAUGGAUGUUAACCAA